CGCGGAAACACGACGAAUGGGGACGGCUGCGAGCGGACCUCCAGAACACAAGUCUUUUGUCCAUUCCAUUGGGGGAGCAGUAAGCAGUUGACUCAUCGCCGGAGCAGAGUAAGUUGCUGCCGAGCGAACGGACGACCGGCGAUCGCUAGAUCUGCACAGGGUAGCUUGGAGGAAGCAAGAGAGGUUCUUGUAUAUUGUACUUGUAACCUUGUACGGUCGGAGCGAUGGCCGAUCCGGUGGCCAGCGUGGAGAAGAUCGUAAAACUUGGGCUCGCGAUCAAGAAGGCGGCGGACACGGUUCGCCAGAACGAGGAGGAGUGCCACGAGAUCAGGAAGCGCGUGCUCAGAUUCAGCGCUAUCCUAUCGCAGCUGCAGCAGACGGGGAUGAUGAAUGACAGCCCGGCGAUGAGCGCCGCGCUGGAGGAUCUGGAGGAGACCCUCGAACGCGCCCUCGAGCUCGUCACGGCCUGCCAGGAGAGGAGCACCAUCCGCCGUUUCAUCGCAGCAGGGGACCUGUCCAAGCAACUGCAACGAGUGAAAGAUGAUAUCUUGAACAAAGUGAUGCUGGCGUCCUUCGCCAUCAAUAUCCACACCAGCAUCGUCUUGUUAACUAUUCAGGCUGGUGGUGUUCAUCCUCCGCCCCGGCUGCAACAGGAUACUGGAGUGGUGGAGCUAACACAUAACAGUCAUUCAACUGAUGAUGCUAGAUCUGAAGUGGACCGCAAGAGAAACAACAUACUAGGAGGAAGAGUGGCGUCAUUUGCUCCAUCAGUAGCCUUAAAGAAGUUCAAUUUAUCUGAGUUAAAGGCCGCUAUAAAUGGUGAAAACCUCAUUGGACAUGGUGGCUCUUGUGAGGUCUACAAGGGUGUAUUAAAUGACGGAAACGUGGUCGCCAUCAAGAAAUUUAGAGGAUCAAGUUUCUUUGGUUGGGCGCGCAUUUAUGAUCAACUUCUUCUGGCUUCAAAGCUGCGGCACAAAAAUAUAGUGAAAGUUUUGGGAUAUGGUUGCCAUGAUGAAGUCAGAUCUUUUUCUGUGAUGCGGUUGUUCAAAGGCAAAGAAAGGGAAUAUGGCGACCAAAGGGAAUUUUUUUGGGUCGAAGAAUACAUGUCGAACGGAAGCUUGGACAAUAUUAUCAGAGAGUCCCGACUUGAGUGGUCCUCCCUCUUCCGGAUAAUUGAGGGGGUAGCCCAGGGAGUGCAGUACCUACAUGAGCAGCACGUUGUCCAUAUGGAUGUGAAACCAUCCAAUAUCCUUUUGGAUUAUGAUAUGAAUCCUAAGAUUACUGAUUUCGGAUUAUCUAAGGUGUUGGAUGAUGAUGAGAUCACUAUCACUCAUGAUGAUGAGAUCACUAUCAUUCCUGUUGUUACUACCCAUUUAAUGGGCACAAUGGGAUAUAUGCCUCCAGAAUAUGUGAUGGAAAGCAUUGUGUCAAGGAAGAACGAUGUGUACGCUUUUGGCAUCACCCUCUUAGGGACUGUUAGCAUUAUGUGCAUAUCUAAACCACCUAGAAAUGGCUGGAUUGAUCGGCCUUUUUGGGACGCUUGGGAAGCUGGACGAAUGGAGGAGUUAUUUGAUCCGUCACUGUUUGACGGGUCUCAGCUAAUGGAGAUCAAGAGGUGCGUGCAGGUAGGACUGCUGUGCUCCCAAUUUGAUCGGGCAGACCGCCCCAGCAUGGCGGAUGUUCUUGAGAUGCUAAAUGGCAAGAAAGAGUUGCCGACACCAAAGAAACCACACUACAUUACACUGGAUGAAGAAGGGUUCUACAUUACAGGGGAUGAAGAAGAGUUCUACAUUACACGGGAUGAAGAAGGGUUCUACAUUACAGGGGAUGAAGAAGAGUUCUGCAUUACACGGGAUGAAGAAGGGUUCUACAUUACACGGGAUGAAGAAGGGUCUGCCAGCCCUUCUGCCGGGUGGUCAAGCGGAUCGCUUAGCCCCAGAUGAGGCUUUAAUUUUCCCCAAUCUACUGCACGGAUGGUGAAUCCAUGGCGCCAAACACCGUAGCUUGCUCUUGAAGACUCGCAGUUACUAAAAUCAGAGGAAAUGUUCUCAGUUUGCAGUCACCGACUCUGUAACGCCGAGGAAUGGAUCGGAGCAUCAGAACUGAGCUUGGGCGCGCGCCAUACCUAGCAGCCGUUCAGGUCCUUAAUUCGCCUCCAGCUGCAGGAGCCAAAGAAAGGUACGCAGUCGUGGUCCAAGGCAAGAGUAAAGACGAAGGAGAGGGACGCAGGCAGGGUACAGCCGGAACGCGGAACUGGAAGAACUGCUUUAUAGACACUGUCAACUUGCAGCUUCACAUAAUCAAGGGCACCUUGCAUUCCCUGGUCUCGAUGAUGGGUCGUACGCCACACCAGAGCUUCAAAUUUUCUCUUAUCAGUGUACGCUUCGAUCUACCAUUCUACCUGCACAUUUUUGCAGCUCCUGAUAAGCAAGUGUGGAUGUUUCAUGGGACGGGAAGAUUAUAAGUACGGCAGAAGCAGAAUAAUCGUAUGCCAUUAUAUUUUGGAGAAAUA